GAUUAUUGUUCACCUGGCAGGCUGUUGGCUCAAAGAAAUCUGAACAAUGACUUCCAUUGUCUCCGGGAAGCCGCUUAUUGUUCUCUGGACAAGCAUGUUCUCGAAAGGUCUUCGAAAGGCGUUCAGUUGUUUGAUAUACUUAAGUAGACAGCGCUGCCUACCCGCGCAAGAAGGAGCGCGGAACCAAUAAAAAUCAUAUUGUCCACCUUGACAUAUCUUGUAGUCGAAGUGGAAAUUCCCCCCUAACAGGGCGAUUAGCCUUGACCAAGAAUUUUGAGACUGAGACCAGAGUUGGUCUAGAACAUCAUGUGUCACGACUGGAGCCAGGAGUAUACUGAGUGUUUCCACGUAUCUAGAAAGCUCAUCAACUGUCCCACAUACUACAAACAGCAGAGCUCGGCGAAGGGCUUCUUUGGUCGCCUACUGUAUAGCACCGUCAAGAAUAGGAAAGAUUGCGGUCGGGUCAUCCCCCAUCAUUCAGACCCGCGACCCUUCUGUCCCGAAUGCACUGUCAGAGUUGACCAGCUUCGGGCUAAAUACGUCGGUGAGGGGGCGCUGAAAGUCUUUCGACCAAACAUGGAAAAUGACUUCCGCCGCCCCUUCAAGGAACAUCGCGAGAAACGUAAGCAGGCCGCAGAAAUAUCGCCUCAAAGGCCAGAGAGGCAUGUCGAGCAUUGCAAGCAUACGCCAAAAAACGUAGCAGUUUGGGUGCCUGAGUUAUAUCACCACCCAGAGAUGUUGGCAAGGAAGAAAACUUGCCGAACAACAGAAGCGGCGGCGCCGAUGAGUACUUCGCGGUCGAACAAGUUGUACGACCCGAAAUAUUGCUCGCGUAAACCCGUAAAGGGGGUGAAGAAGCCGGAAGCUGACAAGCAGAGCUCGAAGCAGAAGUCGAAAGAUGAUCGUAAGCACGGCUGUUGUGGCCCCUCGGACAGAACUUCAGCCCCGAGUCACUCAAAACGUCCCCAAGGGCCAGCAAUCCCAUCAGCGAAGCAUCGCUACCAGCGUCGUAGGGAGGUCGUCGGGGAUGGGUCGCAUAUACCACCUGCCCCGAAACCUCCUCCUAAGCCACCGCGCCAGCGGAUAAGGUGCGAUACUGGCGGAAAUCGACCGGAGCUAAAACAAUACGCCAUUUCUCGCAAACCUUUACCAUCUAUACCACGACCUAUCGAGAAGUCAAGGUCGGAGUCAUCAAGCGAAUACCCAGACUUGCGUCGAAACGCAGGCCAAGCCUACAAUACUAGCUCUUCAAAGCCGCUCCCGAAUCCUGUCCCGCCGCCUGCGUAUCAAGUAUAUCUAAACGCUCUCAGGAAUCCCGGCCCAGAUUUCGGAAGGGUAGAACAGUUGCCUAGACCACCACCGAAGAAGAAGAAACACAGCCAUGUCGCAGAAGGGCUGAGAAGUUCGGGACUGCGGAAGAUGAUGGGAAUUGCACCGUCUAGCCCGGACUCAGCUAUAAGUGAUGUUAGUUUUAUGUGCCAAGAUUCGAAGAGAUUGACCAAAGGCGUGUCGGACGUUGAUGGAAGGUGAAUUAGAUAUACCAAAUGUUCACCUCCAUAGCCUUCCUUCCAUCCCUAGUAAGCUUCAUUAUAACCUUAGGUUUGUAUAGGGGGUA